AUGAAAAUUGUUCUGUUUUCCCUGAGUGCAUUUGCACUCUAUGCGAUUUUCUACUUCUCCUAUGUCAACGGACUGGAUGAGCUGGCCCGCCAUGCGGUGGCAUCCGGCAAGCUGCCGGGACUCGAUGCGCCACUCCGCACACUCUAUACUGGAUUCGAGCCCAUCGAUCACAUCUUAACUCUCUUGACAACCUUUUUCUACCCAUCGCUCGAUGGUCAGAGUUCAACUCUGAUGCUGCACAGUAUCGGCUUUUCGGGCACUUUUGGGGCUGCGUGGACGUUGAUGGUGCUCGAGUCAUGGCGAAAGGGCAAUGCCGGCACCAUAGCGGCUUACCCGGCGAUCUUUGGCCUGACGGCGCAACUCAUGACCUUUGCCUUUGCGACGCCGCUGCUCUGUGCUCUUCAACUCGGCAAUUCUAUCACCGCUCGUCGGCCCCAUGCGGACAAUAUUCGGGUCCCGCGCGUUGUGCUGGCGGUGCUGCCGCUCGUUUUUGUGAUAGGAUACGUGGUCCCGAGCCAAAUGAUGGUGUUGCCGGCCCCGUCUGUGAUUUCCAUUGACCUGAAGCAAAUCGCAAUUGCGGUCUGGCAACCCUGGCCCGCUUAUGUAUCCAUCCUGACCACAGUCGCCUACUGGGUUCUCUCCCCGAUCUUCCCAAAUGACCGCCGGGCUUCCAUGUCUGGUCUACGAUGGGUGUAUGCGUCUGCUUUUGCAAAUGCGACCCUGACUCAUCUGAUCUCCUGGCUUCUGCCUCUGGCGACAGUCGUUGCUCCAAGUCUGUUUGCAGAACGCUUUGUGGAUGCUCUACACCCGUCCAAGGUCUUUGCGAUUCCUCUGCCCUGGUCUGGUCUCAAGGUUGCUACGGUGGCGGAAGGUGUCCAUGUCUUCUUACGGUGGGACUAUCUCAUUGGGUCUGCAGGGAUUUUAUUAUGGGCUCUCAGGCUCCAUACCGUGGCCCAUAAGCCGAUCCUGGGCACCGUCUCCUGGCCUAGUUUGUUGAUCAAGGUGGGCCUACUGACAGUGGUAUCAGGACCCACCGGUGCUGCAGUCGAAUUGAUGUGGGAGCGUGAUGAACUUGUGUUUACUGAGACUGAGGGAUCUCGCCAACAGGUUUCUAAGACCAAGAAGUCAUCUUGA